UAUUGAUAUGGUUUUACGAACACGACGCAUCUGACCAGCUCUUCGAUUCAUGGUAUCUCUUGUUUGGAAAUUCGUAUCUUGGAUUGAAAAGGAAGCCAUCACAGCAACAGAUAUGAAUAAUAAUGAGUGAGAACAGCGUUUCAAUUCUGAUGAACAAAUGAAUGAAAAGUUGUUGGUCCUGGUCCUUUCAUUAACCUUGGUUCCUAACGCCUUUCACUCAGGCCUGAGUCACAAACACAAGACCAAACACCAUGCGUUCAGGAAGGAAAGGAACUCAACUGAUUUCGUCAAGCGAACGUCAGCUCACCUUCGAGACUCGAAAAGAAUUGUUGAAAUGGAGAAGAAAGAUACAUCUCGAAAGAGAAGAUUAUUUCCUCCUGCAAAAAAAGAUGAAAUAGCAAAGAAUGAGAUUUUAGUGAGGGAACUGGCUUUGUCAUCUUUUGCUGGAGACGUUAAAAACUCUAUGAAGAGAGACAAGAAACACAAAAUUACGAAGAAAAUUUAUCCAAAAACAAAAACAAGACUUGCUUUACGAGCUACAUCAACAGCGAAAAGCACUCAGAAAAGAACUUCCAUAAUUUUGCCUUCAGCUACAGGAGAUAGAUCUCAGCCUGAACACGCACUUCCUAUUUCUCGCACUCUCUUCACUGCAUUGGGGCUGUUGUUGAACGAAAAGAAUCAUUUUGUUAAAGACUCCAAUGCCCUGUCCCUGGCUAAAGUGCUUCUUGACAAUGACAAAGCAGUAAGUCAAGAGCACAAAACUGAUGGUUCUGAUCCUCAAAACUCUAAAGCUGAGUAUCCUCAAGAUUUUGGGAGCAAACUAUUACGUCUUUUGAACGUUUCAUCGUUUCGGAACAGUCCAUCUGGUGAGCGGAAGUCUACUAUACAUACCGAGCUUAUCAAUCCUACAGAGUUGGGAAUCUCAAUAUUGAGACUGUUGUUUGGGCGCAAGGCACACCUUGUAACCAAACCCACAUACAAACCUUUGCUCCGGUAUAAUCCAACCGAUUCAAGUUCACGAAUAAAACUUUUACCUCAAACAAGACAGUUAGAUAAAGGGAAUGCAAUGAUAACGAAUAGGAAACAUCACAAAAAGUCAUUUUCUUUUGCCCUAGCAAAAGCUGUUAGCGAUCUUAUCAAGUCUAUGGCUAAGGAAGAACUAAAAAAUUACUUGCGAAAAAUGAAUGACGAUCCCAAAUUUACAAAGGGUGCAUCGUUGUCAAGGGUACCUGACAGUUUUUGGCCCUCGAAGAAAGUGGUGGACGUUCAAGGGAAUCGGAAAUCGUGGGUUCUUUUAAAAAUUCCAAAAUCAGGAGAAUCAAUGGUGCCUAAUAAAGAUUUCUCCGAUGAACCUCUUCAAGAAAAGGAAACCGAUGUGGACAAUGAGACCGAAUCUGAAAAAAAGCCGACAGGUAUUGUGGAUACUUUAGGGAAACUUAACGAUGCUCAGCCUUUAUCUCAGGAAAACCUCAAAAAAGAUGUAGGUGAACCCUCAAAAGACACAGCGAAUGAAAACACAAAAGUGCGACCGACCACCAAGGCUGGUUACAGCGUGAGGAUUCUACCCUCAUUAAAAGGGACAGCUGAGAAACAAACUGAUAGUUACCACACAAAUAGGAAGCCUCAGUCUGCCACACAAACUACAGCUGCAUUCGCCGAAGCUGUCCAAAAGUUAUUGCAAGCAGUACAAUCCAGUAUCAAAAGUCUCCAGGGCAAACACGUGAUAAAUUAUCCUUCGGAUCUAAGCCCAACAGAAGAGAAUCAACAUAUAAACAUUCCGUCCACAAGAACUGGAAGUGUAAGAGCCAUACAAAAAGACCCAGUUUCUGUACAUUACGUUGAACCCACGAUAAAGACUCAAUUUAUGCAAGAUAUUCCUGUCCAUGGGAAAGCGAACUCCGUAGAACUGUCCGCUCUAAUCAGAGAAGCUGGGCAAGAAGAUCGGAAGCCUCAAAAGGAUCGAGCAAAUGCGCUCUUUGACCCAUUGAAAGACCUAGAAAUAUCACCAUCUGAACCAAUUACAAAAUCAAAUUCCCCGACGAAAGCGCUGGCUCCAUCUGAAAAUGUCCUUUUUGAGUCUGCCACAGAGAUCGGAACUCCUAGAGACAAGCAAGAAUCCUCCACAGUACAGCACAUCAAGGAAGAUCUUGAAACUUUUGCUGAGAAGGGCCUUCAAGCUCAUAAUCAUUAUCGUCAAGAACACCACUCUUCUAAUCUUCGUUGGUCAGACGUACUUGCUACGCAAGCAGAAAAAAUGGCAUAUGAUAUGGCCAUGAGGGGAAUCGUCGAACGCUCAGAAUUAGCAAUGUCGAUGGGUUAUGGAGAAAAUGUGGCAAAAAUCACAGGCGUCCCAUUCAACGACGCUGGAGAAGUGGCAACUAAUCUUUGGUAUAGCGAAUCACGUAAUUAUAGUUAUUCGUAUCCACGAGUAAUUCCACAGACUGACGCAUUCACUCAACUGGUCUGGAGAGGAACGAAAGAGAUAGGCAUGGGAUGCGCCAAGGAUGUCGCUACUAAUGAUUUGUAUGUGGUGGCUUUGUAUAAACCUCCAGGGAAUGAUCGGCGACGUUUACGAGAUAAUGUACUCAAUAAAGGAACUAUGACAGAGGACGUUUACGCCACAAUAUUUAAGAGGGCAAAAAUGCUACCAAAUACAACCCUUAAUUGAUAUACCUUGUUUAUUAAAAGCUUGAAAAUAAAUACUUUUAUUUGUUUUCAUGUUUGUUUAUGGAUGAAAGACUUGGUAAC